UAAACAUAUCAGCCUUCCUCUUUCAUUUCCUUUCUCCUCCUCCGGUGAGAAGGAUAACAAAUUAACAAAACAAAACCAAAUCAACCCAACCCAAAUCUAAACCCACCUCUUCCCUCUUCUCUUCUUUUCUAAUCUAAUGCCCAAAUCGAAGCUACCCUUUCCUUCUUCGUUUUGAUUCUUUUUUCUCUUGUAGGGGAAUUAGAGAAGAAGAUUAAAGGGGAAGAAAGUCGAGUUAGUUCAAGAAAGAGAUAGAGGAGCUAUUCAUGGAUUCUACAACCACAGCCACCACAACAGUUGUCAACGAUAAACAGUCAAUGGUGGAUCCCUUUUUGGUUGAGGCUCUUCAGAACCCUCGUCAUCGCCUUACCAUUCUGCGGAUGGAACUUGAUAUCCAGAGGUUUUUGCAAAAUCCUGAUCAGCAGUAUUUCGAGUUCCAGCAUUUUCCUACUUCUUAUCUUCGACUAGCUGCACAUCGUGUUUCUCAACACUAUGGGCUGGUAACUAUGGUCCAAGAAAAUGGCUUAGAUGGGUUGGGUAAUCGAAUUCUGGUGAGAAAAACAGCAGAAAGCAAAUAUCCUGCUGUUCAUUUAUCUGAAAUUCCUGCUAAACAGUCUGAAGAAAGUGAUAAGCUUGAUCAGGUUAAAAUUGUUAUUAGGCCUAGGCCCAAUGGAGGAUCUAUUAACGAGGCUAAUGAAUUUGGGGUCAAACGAAGUCCUGUCAGAAGUGUUGAAGAGAGGAAGGAGGAGUACGACAGGGCACGUGCCCGCAUAUUUAGUAGUCCUGGUUGUCCUGACCCAGAGGAAACUUUGUCUCAGGUCCCUAAUGAUGGGAAAGGUAUAAGCUUGAGCAGAGAUGAGAAUGAAAGUAGCAGGAAUUCUGUUAUUGAUUCAGAAAAGAUUGUUAGCAUCAGAGAUGGUAGUUCUUCUCGAGUUGCUAUUUUCAGAGAUAGGGAGAAGGAUCGUACUGAUCCUGAUUAUGAUCGGAGUUAUGAUAGGUAUGUUAGGAGCCUUCCAGCUAAUCAGGGCUUUGGCUUGGCACCCUUCAACAUGCGGAAAGUUCAACUUCCAUUCAUUCAGUAUGACACUAGCUAUCCCCAGUUGGGUCAGAUCCCUAGGACUCAAGCUUCCCUCAACUAUAGACCUACAACAAAUGCUAUUAUGAGCCCUUAUUGUACCACCGGACAACAGACAUCUAUGGAAGCUGCAUAUGUACAAUGGCCCAGUGCUGCAAUGAUGUAUGCAAAUUCAUAUGAGCAGUUUAGACAUGCUGUUUUUCAGGAAUGGCAUAGUUGCAAUGGGCCUUGUGUUGAUAAUUUUAUCCUUUUUGUUAUUGGUUUGGUUGAAAGAUUAGGCCCAUAAUGUGCUAUGAGUUCCAAUAUCUGGUGUUAAAUGAGUUACAGCAUGCCUUCCAUAUGGGCAACUUCCAAAUUUUUUCUUAAUUUUGCUGUUCUAGUAAUUUACCAACAUCACAUCUGACAUUGAAUUUGGGAGUUUCUGGCCCUUAAAAUUGUAAUAGUGGUUUGGCCUGGAAUAUACAAGUACUUGGCCUGUGACCGGCAUUUUAUUUGUUGUCUA